GACAUUUGUAAGAAAUAAAAAAACAAUCAAAACAAAGUCGAAUCAACAAAUUAUGAACUAACACCAGUGACUUAGAGACUGAAGAACUAUUUUUGUUCGCAUAAAAUAUGGCACAUUGGAUUAACUCAGAACCUCAAGAGAAACCUCAACGGAGAAAAUGGAAUCUGCAGGAUCGAUCUUCCUUGAAGAAUUUAAAGUUUCAUAUUGCCGAAGAUGGUUGUUCGGAAGUACAAUAUGAUUUGGCUCGUCAACUUUUGGAAGAGAAUUCUGAGGCUGGCGAACAAGCAAAUCACUCCUUGGGUGUGCACUGGCUAAUGCGGGCUGCGGACCAAGGACACAAGAGCGCCCUAGAAAUGUUGUCCGAAUGCUUUCGAACCAGACGAGGAAUCGACGAUCGAAAUGAGUGUGAGGUGCAAUCCUUUUUGGACAUGAGUGCGGGAGAAAGAGCUGCCAGGAAAGCGGCUCGCGAACUCUUUGCAUGCCUCUCCAACGGUGAAGAGUACAUCACAGCAGCCCAAUUAGAGCGGAAAAUGCGUGAAAUUUACAAGAUUCAAAAGAAUCGUCGGAAGCGCACCGAAUCCGAUGACCACGAGCUGUCGUCUUCGUCGAAUGGUCAUAUCUCGCCGUCACCGUUCCAUUAUCGUCGCAACGACAUUUAUGGAUCAUCGCACACUAUAACUGAAGCGCAUUUGGUCUCGGCCGCUAGUCAUUAUUCGAACGGAAAUAUGCCGUCAGUUAGUCAAGCGCUUACGCUCUCUGUUCCUCAUCCACAAGCACUGGAUCACAUUCCAUGUUUUCAUAGACUUAUCUUCCAUCCUAUCCUAUUUUUCGUUUUGUGCUAUCACCGUUUCAUCAAAUCGAUGGCUGCGUUUCCCGAAUCCACCAUGUCCAAUUUGAACUUUCUGGUUCUUUUACUUGUUUAUGCAUUUUGUGCGAGUGACAGUGUGACGCUACUGGUUCCAAUGGGCCUGUAUUAUCUGAGUUUUGUCGUGAUGAUAAUUGCGAGCUUCAAGAUGCUGAAGACCAAGCACGAUUUUAUCGAUUUCCGAAUGUGGUCCGGUUUGUUUCUCAGCUACAGCGACAAUAAUUUCAAUGUUAACGCAUCGGAAAAUCAAUUUCUACGAAACAACAUGAAGCCGUACCUCUACUUUUUUGUGGCAUUCUUCGGCAACGUUAUGCUCAAUCCCAUCAUCGCGGAUCAAUGGCUUCCACAUUCUGAGAUCACUGUGGUGUCGUUCACUCUGGUUUUCAUUACAAUGUUCGCGUUCAUGUACAGUUCAUCGGGUCCUUGUCCGGAUUGGCUAAUUCUCGUUUCGUUCGGCAUCAACAUGUUGGCAAAGUACCCUUACGAAAUGGACACGGUAGUGACGACUGGUUGGCGUUUCUUAGAUUUAAAAGUUCCCAACUUUCCGUCGUUCGUUGUGGGAAAUGGAAUCGAAUUCUGUUUGAAUUGUCGAGCUCUGCUGUACCUGUUAAUACCUGGUGUCCUGUUAUUGUUGGCUCGUCGUAAGAAUUGGCAUGGAACGUAUCGAUAUCUGAUACCGCAUUGUGUAACGCUCAGCUGGCUGCAAAUUUGUCUCAUCAGUUCACAAUGUGCCACGAUGUUCGGUUUGGUUCGAGCUGCUCUGGGUUUGGCUGGACUACUUUUAUUCCUGCCUCUCUUCGGAAUCGUUACGCUAAUGAUACCAGUGUUCGCAGCUGUUGAAUGGUUAUCAUUAACGGAUCCCACCGUACGCAUUGUGGCUUCAAUUUGUACAGCCGCAUUUGCCGUAAUCGGUUCGUGCUUAAUGGCAGCGAAUCGAAGAACUGAGAAAUAUGUAACCGUGUUGCAGAUAAUGGUGUGCGUUGUUGCAACUGCUUUCCUCACUCUACCGUAUAUGACAUCGAAUUUCGAAAGUUCCCACUCACAGCCGUCAAUUUAUGACACGCUGAUCGGCCAUAAGUCCACCAUAAAUCAUCAUCAUCAUACGCAAGAGACUACACCGAAACUAAGCUGGGAUCUGUACUAUAAAUACUGCAACUUACCGGCCUGGGAGCAUGUCAAUAAAAUCGACACCCAAGUGAGAUGUUCCCAUUUAGAUGGCAGUAUCAUUAAGUGGAAAGGAACGGUGCUCAAUGUGGAAAUCAGCCGGGUGACAAAUGUUCGAGCCAAUUUGAUAAAGAAUUAUUUGCCAACAUUUUGGGCCGACCUCAUAACGUGUUGGUAUGGGGAACGGAAUAAGAUUCGUUGCAACGAAUCGGAAGAGUGCAACGGCAUGCAACACUUCUUUGAAGAUCAGAAAAAAUGCAAUUUGAACAAUUGGAACGUUUACGACUAUGAUAUUGUUGUGCGAAUGACAUCGGGUAUGUUCGAUAAGCCGGCUGAUGUGCUGCUGAAAGCUUCGCACAGUUUCGGCAAUUUCACCGGUAAAGUGAAAGCUUUUGAUAAGAUUUGGUUCAAAGGCAUUUUGGUAAAUAAUCAUAACACGGAAAAAGAGUCGGAGUUCAUGACGCUGGGCAAAGAGCGGCCGUUGAUCAGUUUAACGGCAAUCGGUUGCAUCAAGUGCGAAGCGACCGACAUUGAAACAUUUCAAAUUGUCGAUAGUCCGACCGUUAAUGGUCGCGUUCAAGACCUGUAUCGAGGUAUUAAGUAUUUGUUGAAUGUUCUGUUCAAUCCACUAGUUACAUUCAAAUAGAAACUAUAAAAAUAGAACAACUAAAGAAAUUGUUAUCGUUCGCUACUAGUGGGUACAAUGAUAAAGAAGGAUUCAUAUUCUGCUACAUGUGAAAAUUUGUUAUUUGGUCGAAAAUAUAUAUGGAUUUGUAAAU